AUGGCGUUUGUGCCGUGCCUUUGGCAGCCUUUGCAAGAGGCAGCUUUGCAAACCAGGCGCGAGAGUGAAGGUUCAACACGCAGCCUUUCUGUAAGGGGCGGGGCCAGCCUGGGCGUUGAGUCGCAGCAUCCGCAGUUCAGAGGGCUGCGCAGCGUGGUGGUCUCAGGCUUCCUCCUAUCAGCCUUUUCCCGAGGACGUGAGCGAGCUCGAAGACGUAGAUCGACGGUUUGCCGCCGUGCAAUUGACACGUUCCUGGUGCCGGGUCCAAAGAUUGAUGUGGGAAAGCUCGCCAUGGCCGUGGCACCGCUGGCGGCGCACAUUGACAUCUCUUGUCUGGUCUUUUUCUCACUGGGUGUGAAGCCAGAGAUCAUCUCCGCAGUUGCUGGUGGUUCUUUGGGCAUCCAUGGCAUGUGUCCAGUUUACAUUGUCGACUGCUAUGGCGUCAUUGGGUGGGACAAGAAGGAGAAAAAAAAUGUGGAGAUGAUGGAGGAAGGACGAGGCUCAGAAUAUGGAUGCCCUGGAGGACAAGGAGGCGAAGGUGUGGUGGUUGUUGCUUUCAGAGGUAAGCAGCAUGGAGGGGAGGACGGCGGAACUCACAUGGUGGUCAAAGCUCACGGCAAGGCCAAGUUGGAAGCUGCUGCAAGUGGUGUAAGCUACGGAGGCUAUGCGAAGGCUUGCUACAAAUUGGAGCAUUCCGGUGACCUGGUUCCUAUUGAUGAAUUUGUGGUAUCAUCCUCUACCUCUUCAGCCAUAGUGAGUUUCGACGGCGAUGACGCCGAAGAGGUGGCUGCCAGCGCUGCCAAACAGCUGCCAGCGAAAGCCAACGCGGCAGGAUACUUCCCUUGCUUUUGUAGAGGCUACAACAAGUACAUGGCGGAUGGGGUAGAACCAGAGGCUUUUGCCAGUGGAGGAUUGGAUGGGGUCCCUCUGUUUGGCAUGUUCGCUCAUGGCGAGCUUGGGCCGAGCAAGGGUGUUCCUGUUGCUGUGGCCUCCGGCGAGGCACCUGAGACGGGGCACGACGUGCACUCCAGCACCUCCAUCUUGGCUCUUUAUGCAUAG